GUCAUUUCCGGAAAUAUCAUUAUGGCUGACAGACGUAAACAACACGGGGCCAGCUCUCAUUCUGACAUAGAGGCAGAGUUGGCCCCUUAUAAAUGUCCUGUAUGCCUAGAAAUUUUUAGGAACCCAGUCCAUAUAACCUGUGGCCAUAAUCAUACAUAUUGCUCCGACUGUGUUGCACCCUAUCGGUCUCAGCAUGAAGCCCAGUGUCCGGAGUGCAGGGGACCCUUUGACCCUCAUGACCUGAGGAGAGCCAGUGACCUAGAACAUGCCAUGAGGAGUGUUACAGUCCCGUGUAGGUGGUGUGGACUCGGGAUGACAGUACAUCGAUUGAGAUCUCAUUUAGCCAAAUGCAAACAGAGAGAUAGUUCUAUUCCUAAAUUUAAACCUGUUGCAGAGACUGCACAAAGUUAUCCCACUAAUUUACCAAAUAGGUCUACAUUUAGUUGUCCAAUAUGUCACCAGGAAAAUUUGGAUUGUACUGCCCUUAUACAACACUGUAACAAAAUCCAUGCACAGGAAUCGGGAAGUUUUGUAUGUCCAGUUUGUGCUUCCAUGCCAUGGGGAGAUCCUAAUUACUGUAGUCCUGAUAUAGUUCAUCAUCUCAACAUGAGGCAUAAGUUUGAAUAUGACACAUAUGUGGAUUUUAACCAAGAUGAGGAUGAGAUGUUGAGGCUAGCAUUACAGGCCUCCCUAGAACCAGUAUAAAGUUUAUAGUCUUUAUGGGGGAGAGUCAGCAAAACUCGCCAUUUAUCUGCUUAUAAAUAAAAGGGGGAAAAUUUGUGAUGUACUAACUGAAAAAGUAAACCUGAAUAGAACCAGACACUAUGCAUCAGCUUAUUUUGAUAGGUAUAUGUACAUGUAUAUCCGAAAUAGGAAUGUGGGCAAAACUGAAAAAAAAGUUCGUUUUUUUUUUACACUGCAAUUGCUUUUCGACAAGGAUGUAGAGGUUUUUGUACCCCAGUCUUUUUUUUAUUUAAUUUUAAUUUUAUUUCAUUUUUUACACUUUAAAAUAAAAUCAUGUCUUUGAGAAUUCUUCAAUUUUCAUGUGCUUUCUUCUGUAAACCAUCUCAAUAUUCAACCUGCUUAUUGUGCCACAACAGAAUCAUAGAACAAUGUGUAAAAAUUCAGUUUAUCAAUGUAAGAGUUUAUUAUAUAUUUGUUAAUACUUAAGGUUCAUAAACCCUCUGCUCACUCAUAUAAAAUGUUGCUUGAACCUUAAUGAUUUUCCAAAAGAAAUGUAUUUUAUAAGCAAAAUACUGACAAUUAAAUCAUAGCUUGCGGGUCAAAAUUGGACAAAAAAGACUCUUCAACUUGGCAAAUUUAUACAGGAAUAAUAGUCAUUUAUGUCAUUAAGAGUUAUCUCUCUUAUCAGAAUAUCAAUGACCCUUAAUGUGGAAAUAAUUUAACCAUUUCUUUUAGGUAGUUGUCAAAAACUUCAACAUAAAAGUUCCCAGUUUUAACAUUGUCUUUUGAUUGUUAAACUUGCAAAGCAAUUCACAAUAAUUUUAUUAUUAAUUAAAUAUACAUAAGUAAAUUAUUCAUUAAUAAUUAUUGCUUGUUGGAUAUCUUA